UGCUGCACAGCCUCGUAGUUAUCCAUCAUGAAGGUACUUCUCACUCUGAUACCUCUGCUCCUGGGGACUAUAGAGUCCAAAGGAGACUCGGCACAAGCAAAUGCCUAUUGUCAGCCGCAGUUGUGUGAUUUGGGACAAAUGCAUGUGGCCUGUGAAUAUUAUUCAAAGUUGAAAGCGGAAAACCAAAGCUCCUGUCCCACCAAGGAGACGCGUCUGGUGUACUUUACCAUCAUCAAGGACAAGGUCCUGGAGCUGCACAACGAGCGUCGUUAUCGCCUGGCCAAUGGCAAUGACUCCCGCCUGCCGGAGGCUGCCCGCCUUGUGACGAUGCAGUGGAGCCCCGAGCUGGCCAUCCUGGCGGAGUUCAAUGCCCACAUGUGCCAGCUGGAAGAGGACGAUUGCCGCAAUUCGGCCCAGUUCCCGCAUGCCGGCCAGAAUGUGUUUGUGGUGAACAUGAAUCGGCGAGUGCCCAAGGAGGAGAUGAUCAAGCUAUAUCCACAGCUGCUGGCCAAUGCCACCGAGGCCUGGUGGUCGGAAUCGGACAAUAUAACCGCCGCGGAGAUCAAGAGAUUUCCCUGCGAGAAGAACAAGCCAAAAGGAUUCAGCCACUUUGCCAACAUGGCUGUUGAGGGCAACUCGCAUGUGGGCUGUGCCGGUGUCCGCUACGUGAUAGACAACAUCACCUACUUCAAGCUGACCUGCAAUUAUGCCCGGGCGCCGGUAUGCGGACAGCCGAUCUACCAAGCCACCCAGGGAUGCCAGGCGGGCAAGAAUUCGCAGUUCUCUGCCCUCUGCUCGCCCAAGGAGCUCUUCCUCUGAGCGGAGCUGGGUUUAACCGAUCCCAGGAACACUGCUCAUCCAUCCAUUCAUCCAACCAUCCAUCCAUCCAUUCAUCCUGUCCAGUGAAAUCCCAAACGACCGGCUGCUCUUGCAAAAUUCAAAGAACUCUCUCUCGCAAUGGAAUUUCUGCCAAUUUCCUGUGAUGAACCAGGCCCGAGGACAUUGGUGGGCCUGGCAGGAAGUGUCGAUGGUGGAGCAAUUACCUGCAUAACGGCAAAUAGCUACACUGAGAAAAAAUGUGUGUGGAAUUUAUAAAAAUAGGAGAUAUUAAUUAGGAAGAUGGGAACUAAUAACAAUAAUAUAACAAAUAAUACUAAAUCAAGAAUAAUGGAAUUAUAAAAAAAUA